AUGCCACGUGGAGUUCAGGUUUGUUCGCAAUUGAAUUUGGGGGUCAGCAAGUGCGCUCCAUUGAGAAUGUUCACUGAAAACUGUGUAUUUGCACGGAAAAAAAGCGAAAAACACGUUGAAUGAGUGAUGAUUGCCCGAAAAAAGAAUGGAAUGAAAUGCAAACAAUAGUCAGCAGCCGGUUGGAAUGAUAAUGUGCGGAGAAAAAGACGAAAAAGGAAAACGUUGAUGAUAUAAUUUUUGUUCCUCACUUUCCAAUUCGUCUGCCAAAAUUACGAAUCAAUUUCAAGUUUUUCCGGCCGGAACUCAACUCGGCAAGGUACUUGUGACGGUGAGUGUUGCGAAAUUCGAAAAAAGGGACGGGGUGUCGGAUUCUAGUCCACGUACCGGUUCUGUGACAACUUCUUCGAGUAUUGUAGCAUUCUCGGUUGACGUUUUUGACCUACGCAAUCGUUUUGUCGGAUCCUAGGCCAUCGGGAAGUCCGGCCGCGUUGGAUUAUGGGGCAGUUUCUCGUAUUUCUAAGGAUUCUGCGUGUUAGGUGAUCUCUUCGAGCUCUGGAUUGUGUUGUCGGAUCCUAGGCCACCUCGUCAUCCCCCAUUUAAUCCCGUAUUUGUCGUCUGGAAGCCGUUGUAGUACAUCAUUUUUCGUUCAGACCAGUGAGUCACUCGGAAUUCGCUUUGUUUCAUAUUUUGUUCGAUAUGUUGCUUUUCGAAUCGUAUAAUAUUUCGCUAUCUUCUUCAACUUUUUUUUUUUACGCGUUGCACCCACACACACACAUAAUAUUUCGAUGAUGAUGCAUUAGUAAUGGAUAUUUGGAUUCGGUGAGCUCUUUCUCUCUCUCUCUCUCUCUCUCUCUGGACUCAUCCGUCCUUAAUCCCCCCCCCCCCGCUCUCAGCAUCAUCACUUCCUCUGAGCUCUGUGAGCCAAAAACCUCACUUUAUACUGGUUUUUUGGGUUCUAACUCACGUUUUUGGAUCCUCUGCCUCUCAAUGAGUCCCUCGCGACCGAAAAGUUCAGCGACAGUGACUCCGGAGCCGCUGAAACCACCGGCAACGCCACGCGGCUCCACGGAUCCGCCGGAAAUGAUAUAUUUCGAACCGCUGGAACCGUUUGGCGCCGAACCGGAAUCUGUAAACUUUUUGCGAAGAUUCAAAGAGGAUAUGGGCAGAGAGUCGGCCAGAAAGUGCUCGUAUUCGACGAGUGGCGAGGAAAAGGUACGCGCCCGCCACGGGAGGGUUUGCGAUCCUCAAUAGACGGUAUUCGGGUGUAAAAUGUCGAUGGCUAGCAUGAAAAUGUAGUGGAAGUCGUUUCAGCGUGACCCAGCCGCCGACGCGCCGCAACCAGGCUGUUGUGACACGUUCCUGGAGUUGCUGCGUGCGUGCGGACUCAUCUGCUACGUGGCAUGCCCGCCGGUGCCCUCAAUGAUCACCCGGAAACUGGCGUUCCACCCGCCGGAGAAGGGCGUCACCUACCGGAUAGCACUGAAGACGGAGCCCGAGAAGCGGCUCAAACACAUUGGCCAGUGCAAAGAGCUCGACUAUCAGCUGGUCGUCCGGCACAUGACGACGGGCGCCGAGUACGUGCAUCCGGACGCCGACGUCGAGGUGUUCUCGGUGAGAACCGCGCAUCGCAACGAGCUGGUGUGCGUGCGGUGCAUUCCGAACACCUACUCGAACAAUCCGACCGUCACGGAUCAGGUGGGUCCCCCUGGCACAAGUGGGCGUCUUUCAAAAUCGUUUAGGUGGUGCUGUUCUGUCAGCCGAACUCGUCGGAUCUCGGCGGAUUCUUGCAGCCGCACCAGAUGAACUUUAUCACCUACGCCAGCGUGUUCGAGACUGAUCUCUAUGCGUUCGACUAUUCCGGGUACGUUUCGGGGGGGCGAUGGACAAUAUCCACAAGUUGUUUUUAUGUUCAGGUACGGAUUCUCGACGGGCACUCAAGGCGAGAAGAAUGUUUACGCCGACGUUCGGGCAGUCUAUCAGAAGAUUCGAGAGACGAGACCGGACAAGAAGGUGAGCAAACCCGACAUCUCGGAAACUUUCAAAACGCUCCAGAAGUAUUGGAAUUUAAGAGAAAAUGAAAAUGUUUGCAGAUCGUCCUGAUGGGCUACAGUAUCGGCACGACGGCGGCCGUCGACCUGGCGGCGUCGAACCCGGACGGACUGGCCGGAGUGGUGCUCGUCGCGCCGUUCACCAGCGGGCUCCGUCUCUUCUCGGCGAAACCGGACAAACCGGCGACGUGUUGGGCCGACUCGUUCACCAGGUACACACACACACACACACACACACACUCACUUUUGCCCGCCAUCACCGAUGCCCAUUUGCAGCUACGACAAAGUGGGUCACAUUGAGACGCGCGUGCUGAUCUGCCACGGCGACCUCGACGAGGUGAUCCCGUUGGCGCACGGAAUGGCGCUCUACGAACGGCUCAAGAACCCGGUGCCGCCGUCGGUCAUCCACGGCGCAAACCAUCAGACGAUCCUCAGCGGAAAGCACAUUCAGGUGUUCACUCGCAUUGCAACGUUUGUUCAUUUUCACUCACUUGAGCACUUACACUAUUCACUUUUGAUUUCAGUUUUUUGCGCAACGAAACGCUCGUGAGCUGCCGAACCACCGAAAUUGAGUCGCUUAGUUCGCCGCGCAGAUUGUCGGAUGGUUAA